AUGUCAGCUGCAGUGACGUGUUGCAGUUGCGUCCCGGCGAAGAUAACAGCUUGCAGCUAUCCGAAUUCAGACCAAAUAUUCUACCUUAUACGCGAUGUUGCGAUUAAUGUGGUUCCUACCAAUUCUCUUACUUUUCUCAGGAUGUCCAGCGUCUCCACUCGAAACCGUUAGCGACGAUGAUCUUAUGAAUCUGAUUAGAACCGAAAAAUAUGUCAUCGUAUAUUUUACAAAAAAGGACUGUGAGCAAUGUGACGCUAUUGAGAAUGAACUCGUACAUUUGCGAGAAGAUUUGGUUGAUUCUCUAGGUGCCUGGGUCGUCAAAGCAUUGAACAGUCAAAUGGUGCGUCUCUACAGCCCGAACAAGGAACCUGCACUAAUAUUCUUCAGACAAGGCAUACCAUUGCUUUAUGAUGGGUUGGCUAAAUUCGAUGAUGAAAAACUGUUGCAAACAUUUACGGAUAAUAAAGAGCCAGUCGUCAAAGAACUCACAGAUGAUACAUUUGAACAUUUGACACAAGCCAGCAGCGGUGCUACCACGGGAGAUUGGCUCAUUAUGUUUUAUAGUACAGAUUGUGUAGACUGUCAGAGGAUGGGUGCCUUGUGGGAAGCGGUAGGAGCGGAGCUGAAGCAGAAGAUGAAUGUAGCUCGUGUAAACAAACAAACAACUGGCGCCUCAACUGGUAGAAGAUUUAAUGUGUUCGAUGUUCCCUCAUUUAUCCUUUUCAGGCAAGGUAAAAUGUACCGCUACCAGAUCCCCAAGUAUGACGUCAAGUCGUUUGUUUCAUUCGCUAAAGACUGGUGGAAAAAUGCUCACGGAGAAAAGGUUCCUGUGCCACAGAGUCCCUUUGACGACUUCACACUUCUGAUUGCCAACUUCCUGCGCGAAAAUCCAUGGGUAAUGAAGCUUGGCAGCAUAACAAUAGGUGUGUUGGUUAUUGUCUCAGUUGCAUCAAAACUCAGACGCAAGUCUGAAGCUCCUUUGAAGAAGGAAAAGUAAUUGAUGGAUCCUUUUUUGUAUCAGAAUGUAUGUAUGUAUGUAUGUAUGUAUAUACUUUUAAAUAUAACAUGAAAAAGUUAAGAUUAUCAUUACUAAAAAACUGUAUUGAAGAGUUAGUGCCCGAUAAUCGUUAAUUAUACGACCAUGAAUCUGACGAUAUGGAUAUUUUCUAAUGCCAAACUAUAAUUUUUCUACGUGUGCUGCAAUAAAUAUUUUAUUCGUAAA